AACACAAAUCUUGUGUUGUAUUAAUUGUUGGGACCACAGCAGCAAACAGGCCAGUCAGCCUGUUUUCAUUGCUGUUUGUGGUGACUUUCACAAGAAUAAGAGGGUUUUCAAAUGGUCCUCGUUGCUGGAACCCCAAACCCCAAAACAUCUCUGGCUGGAGCCCGCCCUUUCUGCAGUGCUGCUGGCUUCAGCUGCGUUCUGGGAAUAGAGACCUCUUGACUUGAGCCAGAACCAAAGGAUGCCUCUUCUCACCACCCUCUUUCGGUGGGUUUGGAAUUGCACUCUGUGCUUUGCACAGAUUGGUAUUGUUUGUUUUUUAAAUUUCAUGUUCCACAUUAAGUGGCUUUGAUCACUUCUCUGUUGCCUGGGUCGGUUGCACAGCCUCUCAAAAUUUCCAAGGUGAAAAAAACAGCACACAAGUUUGUUAGGGUUCAGGGCUGCCAUGUGGUCCAAUGGGGAGUACAGCAAGGCCAAGACAGUCCAGCCUCACCUGUGCAACAUGCUGAAAGCAGGAACUCAGAAUGGGCUUGCAAGCCAGCUGUUCCAGAUAAGAAGAGUAGUGAGUUCUGAGAUAUUAAGUGGUAUAUAAAUGUCUUCUAAAUCAAAAAGCGUGCAACAGUAUGUUGCAUUUAUGCCACGUAGAGGUUAUUGCUCCCAUUUUACAGCCAAGGAACACUGAGGCAGAGCAGUGAAUCCAUGAUGGAGAAAUGGAGAUAAACAAUACAGAAAUUAAUAUAGAGUACCUCUUGUAGACACCUGCAGCCCCCCCUUUUCCCUCCGUACACACUUAGCAUUAAGAUGGAAGGUUUACAUGAAUUGUCCAGAAUUUUCAGUAUAGGAUGGAACUCUGCUUGGUUUGGGUCUGUCAGCUGGUCCACACACCAAAGCAAAACAUGGACACUGCUCCAGUGUUGUCUCAGACCUUUCUCACUUUAAAUGUGGGGUUUCUCAAUCCUGGUGGUUCCAGACUUUCCAAGGAUCGAAAAACCCCACAUUUAAAGGGGGAAAGGUCCAGGAUAACACAGGGGUGGAGAUGGAGAUUGUGUGGACACCCCUACCUUAACAGGCUGGCGUGAAUCCACAUUUGGUCCUGUGUAGUCAUGCCCUGUGUGUGCCUGUGUGUGCAUCAGCAUCACACACGUACGCUCAUGACUUCCUUACCUGUGUCCUCACUUGCUGUAGCGUCACCACCACCCUAACAACCAGAAAAGAGAGAAAAAGCAAGACAUUUGCACACUGGAAGCAGGCAGGUUUGCCUCUGUUUUAUCAUUACUUUAGCGCAUGUGUGUGUGGCUAAAAAAAGCACUUCCCUUUCCCAAAUUCCUCCAGCUCUUCAUCUUGCCCCUGCUUCAAACUUUGAUGGCGGCUCCCAGCAGCGGGCUGGGGAGAAGGACAGCCAGCCAGCCAGCCUGUAGCAUUAAGUUGCAUGUAGCAUCAAGGCUUGUAUGAGGACAUUUUGCAAGGGAAAAUGUAUUUAAAAUAAUAUAUUUUUUCCUGUUUCUUUGCUUUCCUCACAUCCCAGAACUAUAAGACACAUGACAACUAUGCUGCUUGGCAUCCCUAUCAACUCAAGCAUACAGGCCAUGUGUGCUACUUUUACAGUCAUAUAAUGCACUGUGCUUGGCCUUGGUUUUAAAUGCCAUGGAUGUUUAUAGCGCCAAAGGAAAGAAAGAGGAAGGUGGGAAAGCAAACAGUGGCUUCCUGAAAAUUGGGACGUGGGGUUUUCUUCUGGGUCAGAACUGGAAACCUGGAAAUCUCUACUGAAAUAAGACAAUGGGUGGGUAAGAUACUGGAUGGCUAUCUCUUCUAGGGAUGUUGCAGAGAAAAUAAAUGGGGUGGCUUUUCAUUUUAAUCUUCACCUGAGUUUGUGUGAAGUCUACUGUGAUGGAAAUAAAAUGCAAAUGGGGCCAGAAUGGAGGGAGAGGUGGUACCGGUGAAGAAGAGUGGAACUUGUAUCUAAUGCUAACUAACAACACAUUGGAUGCUAGACAGUCACAAACAACAGCAGGAUUAAAGAAAAUACAGAAUGCAAGAGAUUGGGAUGGACUUUAGGAAUACUAGUAGCUUUAGGAAUACUAGUAGAACCAUGAAUAAAGAUAAGAAUUACCAAGCAAAAGAAGAACAAGUCUUGCUGAAGAAGAAAUUGCAUGGCUCCUGCAAAGAUGAGGAUUUUUUCCCUGGGCUUGAUGUGGAUCGUGCCUGGGCCUUAUCACAAUACGUCCAGGUAUGUCAAGGAGUUAACAGGCUUCAUCUCAGAGGAUCCAGAUGCACCGGAAAUCAUUUCAUCCAAAUUGCCCUCAGGACUUCCUUGGCUGUUUCCUCACCAAAAUGGAGCAGCAAGCAUCCAAGAGGAGAUAGACCAGGUCAUUGGGAGGAACCGCAGCCCCUCUUUGGAGGACCGGAGCCGGACGCCCUACACAGAAGCUGUCAUCCAUGAGAUCCAGCUGUUUAUAGACAUUGCUCCUACUGCAGCUCCUCAUUCAGUGACCAAAGAAACACAUUUCCGGGGGUACACCAUUCCCAAGGGCACCACAGUUUUGACUUUCCUGUCGUCUGUCCUGCAUGAUUCCCAGCACUUUGAGACACCCGAGAAGUUCAAUCCUGGCCACUUUCUGGAUGAAAAAGAUGCUUUUCUGCCAUUUUCAACAGGGAAAAGGGUUUGCCUGGGUGAAGGUUUGGCCCGUAUGGAGAUCUUUUUAUUCCUUACGGCAGUGUUGCAAAACUUCCAUCUGAAAGCGCUCCAGGAACGGGAGGAAACAGACAUUUCACCAGAAGUGCGAGGUGGUUCAAAGUUUCCCCAGGCUUACCGCCUUUGUCUGGUUCCAAGGUCAAAAUGUGCUACCCAAUGACUGUGCAACGGUUGGGAGGCUCUUUUCCAGCCCAUUCCUGCCCCCCUCCAUCUCUGCCCACCUGCACCCAGAUGGUGUCUACCCGUCGGGCAUUCUGUUGGAAGAGGUAGAGCAAGGCCUGAAAUUCACUGUUGUCGUACUGAAAGCGCUCCCCAAAGACCACUGAGCAGAUGAUGUUGGACACGGAGCGGCGCAGGACAAAGGUGGGGUCGAAGGGGGACCCUGCCAGGUGCAAAGGAAAAGAAAAAGGGAUGAGGGUGGAGAGGCAGAACUGCCUGCGGCUGCUGCAACAGAACAAUUAGAAACCUGGGGAUGAAGGACACCACCAGAUCCAUGCCAGAGCACUGUGACUGGGCCUGACUCACGAACCAGCGCUACCUCCGUCACACAGGCGAAGUGGUUUCUGUUUGGAGUGGGAGUGAGUGUCAGGGCUUGAUUCCAGAAUUCCUUGCUGCCCAGCCUGCAUGGAAUGUAUUAUAGCUGCAGAUAUAUACAUGGCUAUUGACUAUGCCAUGGGUAGCCAACCUGGUGCCCUCCAGAUGUUGAGGACCACACCUCCCACCAUGCCUGACCACAGGCCAUGUUGGCUGGGGCUGAUGGGAUUUGAGUCCAACAGUGCCUGGCAGGCACCAUGUUGGCUAUCCCUGGACUAUGCUAAUUUCUGCUUGUGAAUCCCCCAGCCACAUAGUGGGAAGUAACCCCACAGUCCCCUUCCUGUGACUGAAUCACAGACUAAGCUACACAUUCUGUGGCUAGUGGGUGUGGGUGUGUGGAGUUGGACUACACUGAGCUGGUAUCCCACCCACCCACCUAGUGAGAACAGGAAACUGCAAGAUGAUGUGCAUGGCGAAAGCAGCACUAUAUUAAGUGCUCUCUUUCAAUUCCACUUCCAUCUGAUGGUGGAAAAGCAAAGCUGUAGCCAGCAGGCCCUGCGGUGGAAACAGCCCCGCCUCAGGAGGGGCUAUAAUGGCGUGGUGACCCUUUGCUCUUGGGUGACACACUGUAGGGCAACAGUCUCCAAUGGAAACUGGUCUUUGCAUUGUGACCCUAAAACAUCAGCCAGAGGUCACGUUCCCAAAGAUCUUAGUCAUGAUUCAGGAUGGGCGGAUCUGUCAAUUUUGGUUUCUUCCAUGUCAGUUUGCGAUUUUUUUAAAAGUCCUCAUAAAAAUUCCUCAGCAUUUUUUAUUUAUUUUCUAAUAUACACCUUUUUGUAUGAAAUUUUGCAAACCGAUUUCCCCCAAAAUGAUGCAUUUUGUAUGCAAUUUUGGCGGAUGUAUACCUGCUUGUGCAUGCUUUAUCUAAGUAGAUGCAUUUGGGGACACGUUCCGUCGCUGCAGAGCAACAUUUGGAGAAGUGUGACUGUCGAAGGGUUGCUGCGCUUUGGUUUCCAAAUUAUUUCAGCAAAUGCAAAUUAGGGGCUGUAUUCAACAAAUACUCAGAGUAGACCCACUAAAAUUAAUUAAUGUGAGUCAGUCAUGUGUAUUAAUUUCAAUGGGUCACUCUGGGUAGGACAAGCAUUGAAUAGAUUCACCUUUAAAUGACAACUGAAUCAAAAUUUCCCCCCAUCCCUAGUCAUGAUGAUGAAAUGGAACUUCCAGCUCCAGAGGCAAUAUACCUCUGAACAUGCCUGGGGGGUAACUUCCAAUAAGGACUGAUGACUUCUUGCCCUGCUUCCCAGAAGUAUCUGGUUGUCUGGUACUGAUCAAAAUGCCGCAGGAGGUGGACCAUUGCUCUGAACCAGUAGAGCUUUCCUUAUGAUUUUAUGAUCUUUGCCAUGGCCUCAUUGUCCCAGGCCUGUUGUGGACUUGAAGGAAAUGAUAAAAAUUGCUACAUACAUGUUCCAAAAGCAUGCAAAACAAAUAAUGUUUUAGACUGGAAUUGUAUGUUUCAAUUUUUAUAUUGUUUGAUGUUUGACCAUUUUGACCCUUAAAAGAUGCCCAUUCUAGCUGAUAAAUCCCUCAGCAGAAGUUUGUCAUAUUAGACACCAAGGAACAAAGAUCAAAACCUUGCGUCUUCCUGAAUUCCUCCAUCAGGAACUUGAUUUCCUCCUGGAUCCGCUCCUCGAUGGACCGCUUCCCCAUCCCAAAGUUCCGAAGGGUAGUGAGGGCAAAACGACGGAUCUGCCUCCAGUUCUCUCCAUUGCUGAAAAAGAUGCCUGGAAGAGGGAGGGGGCCGAGAAAGCCCACCUACAAUCAGACAAGCUGGGGAGGGGAGGAAGAGGAGGCAAGCAAGAUCUUUCUUCCCUCUCGAGUUGCCUGGGGGGCUCCUCUCUGCCAGCAGGUCUUGCAACAUUCUCUAGUGAUCAGACCAACAAUGGCUAUGGAGAAAAGCCUCUGGUCUGUUGCUGAUUACAUUUGUAUGCCCCCUUUCCUCCAAGGGAGUUGGGGCAGAGAACACAGGCCUGCGCUUAGGGACUGGCAAUGCAGGUGACUGCCUAGGAUGGAUGCCAGACUUGGAGGGCGUCUGUCACAGGCUAUUUACUCAACUGAUGAAUCAACACAUGAAGCAAAUAGCGUAGGCAUCACUUGUAAAUCUGUCAGCAUUGCCUUGCAUGGCAGUCCGGCACUGCAUAAUGCAUUAACCUUCUCCCCACUUUUUUACUUGUUUUUAAUUUGUGGGGAAGUUCAAACACCACCAGAGUCCAUUCUACAAACUGUAUGCCUGUGAGUGGCAAUGAUCAAGCCUAUGCAUGCAAAUUUAUUAUCUUAUGUGUCAGGGAUGCAAAUCGUGCAUCAGAGUUGUGAAAAAGGCUACAGCAAUUAAAAAGGUACUCAGAAGUUGUACAAAUGGGUGGUCUGACUCUGGGUAUACAGGUCUCUUCGUCUCCCCCUAUUAUUUUAUCCCGCAAAUAACCCAAGAAGCUUCACCGCCAAGUAGGGAUUUGAAUCCAUCUCCAAAAUCCUAGCCUGUCUCUCAAACCACUACUCAAGAAACAAAGGAAAGGUUUCCAAUGAUACGAUAUAAGACACAAAGCCAAAAAUGGCAGUACCAAUAAUAAGGAUGUGUGUACAAGCCACAAUUUAUAAAUGCAAAACACUCAGACAGUAAUAAGUACAACAAUGCAAAACACAGAUAAUUGUGAACAAAACAAUGUAUAAAUACAAAACCAACAGAUGAAACGUGAGACAGGACUCUCAAGUAUAUCAGCAGCAAUGUUUCCAAGACUGCCACCACAUUUUGCGCUUUCUCAGAACAGGACAAGGAAUAUGUCAAAUGGCAGUUAUCAAUCCCUCUCAACGCUUCAGUUUCAUUUUAAAACAGAGGAUAUAUUCUGCUAUACUCCCUGGAA